UGCAGGAGUGGGAGGUGUAGAAAACUACUUUCAAGGUCUCCGUGUAGGAUCAAACUACCACGUUGCAGCGGGAGGAAAGUCGAAGAGGAGCGGAUCAAAAUAAGCCCAAGGGAGGAGAGGGAAGCGAGGACGGCGAGGCGUCCAGGCUGCUUCACGAAAACAAAGCGAGUUGCAAGAUCUAAGAAUCUGAAGCUCGGAGGCAACACAGCAUAAAGCCACAGCGCCAGCCUUCCGACGUCCUGUUGUCAAAACGCUCAACUGGGAAAAUCUGGAGACUGGAAAAAAACUGGACCAAUAACUCUAAAGGGCUAAAGUAACUAAAAUAGUUGCUUCGUAUCUCUGAUUCGUAUCUCUUUUUACACGUUGCGCCCAGUCGAUCUCGCUGUUGUCUGGAUAUUCACAAUGAUUUGAUAUACAAAUCUAUAGUCAAGAAGAAGAUUUAACAACUGUUAGAGCAAAGUUAGUUUUUUGAUUAUUUUCUGGGAGUCAAGUGAUGGCAUCAGAGGUGAAGUCGCUUAUCCGUGUGCUGAUCCUGGCCUGGGCGUGGGAGGUGAGCGUGCAUGGAGCGACGCACCGGCAAAUCAAACCAGAGUCAUGGCUACAGCAGUAUGGAUACCUGCCCCCGGGGGACUUGAGGACUCAUGCCCUUGGCUCCCCACACUCCAUCACCUCAGCCAUUGCUGCCAUGCAGCAGUUCUACGGCCUCACAAUCACAGGCAGCUUUGAUGAUGAAACCAUCGAGGCCAUGAGGAGGCCACGCUGUGGUGUCCCAGAUAAGUUUGGGGCUGAACUGAAGAGCAACUUGAGGAGGAAGCGAUAUGCAAUUCAAGGCCUGAAAUGGGACAAGACAGACAUCACUUUCUCUAUACAAAAUUAUAGCCCAAAGGUGGGCGAGUAUGAGACCCAUGAGGCCAUCAGAAAGGCCUUCAAGGUGUGGGAGAGCGUGACCCCGCUUCAUUUCCAAGAAAUCCCCUACAGUCACAUACGGGACAAGGUGGAGGGGUUUGCCGACAUCAUGCUCUUCUUUGCUGAGGGGUUUCAUGGCGACAGCACCCCUUUCGAUGGUGAAGGGGGUUUCCUGGCACACGCAUAUUUCCCUGGUAAUGGCAUCGGUGGAGAUACUCACUUUGACGCAUCUGAACCGUGGACUACUGGAAACCAGGAUCUGUAUGGCAAUGACGUGUUCCUUGUCGCGGUGCAUGAACUGGGCCACGCUCUGGGCCUGGAGCAUUCCAGUGACCCAUCAGCUAUCAUGGCUCCUUUCUACCAGUGGAUGGACACAGAAAACUUCCAGCUUCCUGAUGAUGAUAUCAGAGGAAUUCAGGGAAUUUAUGGCUCCAGAUCUGGUCCUCAGCCCCCUCCCGCAUCACCCCGCGUACCAUACCAGCCCCCUCAGCCCACAUACUCACCAGAAAAGCCUCGCUUUGGCCCUAACAUCUGUGAAGGGCACUUUGAUACCAUUGGCAUCCUCAGAGGAGAAAUGUUUGUGUUCAAGGACAAGUGGUUCUGGAGAGUGCGUAACAACCAUGUGCUUGAUGGUUACCCGCUGCCGAUUGGUCAAUUCUGGAGAGGUUUACCCACUCACAUCAAUGCUGCUUUUGAAAGGGAAGAUGGGAAAUUUGUUUUCUUUAAAGGCGACAGGUACUGGGUGUUCAGUGAAUCAAAUCUAGAUGCUGGUUAUCCAAAGACCCUGAAGGAAAUGGGCAGUGGGCUUCCCACAGACCGAAUAGAUGCUGCUCUGUACUACACACUGACUGGACAGACGUUCUUCUUCAGGGCAAACAAGUAUUACCGUUUCAAUGAAGAGUCACGAGCCGUUGAUGAUGGCUAUCCCAAAUCUGUCAGUGUGUGGCAGGGCGUGCCUGAUAACCUUAAGGCCGCCUUCAUGAGCAAAGAUCAAGCAUACACCUACUUCUACAAAGCCAACAAGUACUGGAAGUUUAACAACCAAAUGAUGCGCGUGGAGCCAGGAUACCCUAAGUCUGCCCUUCGGGACUGGAUGGGCUGCCCUAAUGAAGACUCCAAGACGGACGGAGGAAAAGGUGGAGACCGACACGACAAAGACAAGGAGCGGGAGAAAGAAAAGGAGCACGAGGACAAGGACAAAACCAGGGAGAGAGAGAGAGAGAAGGAAACAGAGAAGGAGGCUGAGGAGGAGGUUAUUAUUAUCGAAGUCAAUGAAGAGGGAGCAGCAGGUGGUGCAGGUGGAGCAGCAGCAGUAGUGCUGCCUCUUUUCCUGUUAGUGUGCGUGAUCGCGGCGCUGGCAGCCCUGGUGUUUUUCCGUCGGUAUGGUACCCCACGCCGACUCCUCUACUGUCAGCGCUCUUUACUGGACAAGGUGUAAACUGUUAAAGAAGGGAGGGAAAGGAAAAGAAAGGAGAAGAGGAAAAAUGUGCAAGGAAACGUGAAUCACAUGAAAGGAGACAUGGGAACAAAACACAAGAGGAGCAGAAGGAGACCUGUGUGUUAAAUGUCUUACCACUGCCACGCUCCUGUUGCGUCUUUCCUCUCUCCUCAGGGUUUCUGACGCCAGCUCAUUGCUGUUCAAUUUAGCUGUUUUUCAAAGUCUUAUUUUUUGUUUUUGUCAGUGGUCAGUGUUUGUGUCCUUGUGAAUUUCUAGCAUCAGUCUCAGCAAAAGCAAACGGUUUUCUUCCUGUUGUCAAACUGCUCCUACUCACACACGUGGAAACCACCAAAGCACAGUCAUUGUUUUUCAUAAUCUUCCAGCAGUGUCAGGGCAGGUACAGAUAAUAAAAGGCAAAGACAACCUUUGUUUACAUGAGAUUCACCUUAAACCCUUUCCUGGUCCAUGCUGACGUCUCCUGUGGUCAUUACAAUUACAAAUGAUAUGGUCAUUAUUGUUAUGACUAUUAUUGUCAUUGUUAAACAUGUAAAAAAUGUGUUUUGUACAUUGUCAUUAUAAAGUCCUGCUGGACAGUGACACAGUUUUGAAAGUGGCCUUAAUUUUAUAAAUGGGGACAGUAAGCGGGGAGGGGUUCUGUAUUCUAAACACGUGAUUGUCUUUUUUUAACUUGAAUCCAUUUACAUGAAAAUAAAUUGAAGACCUGAAAAUGACUUCUUUUUGUCAUACUUACUUGUCACAUACAGUUUCUACUGUGGUGCUGCACUAGUCAGGGUAUGAAAGUAGCUGGACAACAAUGAUAAUGAUACUAGUGAUGACUAUAAUAAUCAUAAUGAUCUAGUUUCUUGUACUUUCUUGUACUUUCUGCCAUUACUCUCUUGUGUUUUUAAGCUUUUCUCAAAUAAUAAAGUCAUUUCAAAAUGC